CUGGAGGUGGUUGUGUGUUCGUUGCAGCUUUACUCCACUACUUUGUCUUAUGCACUUUGAUGUGGACGGCUGUUGAAGCCAGGAACAUGUACGUCAGUGCAGUAAAGGUUUUCCCAGAAGACACGCCUCACUACAUGCUCAAGGCUUGCCUAAUCGCUUGGGGAUCUCCACUGAUUGUUCUGACGAUCACCUUGGCUGCAGCAACUGAUCACUACAGAAACGAGGAUUACUGCUUCCUUGAGCCUGAUCUUGUGCUGUUCCUCGGCCUCCUUGCUCCCAUUGGUCUCAUCCUCAUCCACAACAUCAUCACCUUCAUCUUGGUCAUGCGCAGCAUCCUGAAGGUCAAGGAGGCAUCUCGCUCCCAGCAGAUCUCCAAACGCCUCCAGAAUGCCGUGGGAAUCUCCACCCUCAUGGGGUUGACCUGGAGUUUUGGGUUCCUGGUCGUCAUCGACGGAUCGCAAGCCUUCCAGCUCAUCUUCUGUCUGGCCAACUCCUUUCAGGGCCUGAUUGUCUUCAUCAUGUUUUGCGUGCGACGUGAAGAGGUCCGCACCGCCCUCGCACCGUACAUGAAGCGCCUCUGCUGCGGUCGCACCUGUGACAUACAGGUGCCUUGGAAAAAGGAUAGGUCAUACGACCUGCCCAUAUUGUCUGAAUCCGUGCCGAGUUCACAAUCGACAGCCCACACUGCUGAAUUUGACAUGUCAGUGUCAGGACCGUAUUAGUGAGAGGCAGGCUUCAACACUCGCUGUCUGAAGCAUCAAUCUUUAAAGUCUACUUAUAGAAUACUUAUUACCUUACCAUGCACAACAUUACUGGACCGAGCUCUGUCUAAUGUGGUUUUCUUAGUAUAGGUAUUUCUCUAGCACUUAACUGGUUCGUCACUCGUCACUCAGUUUCUGAUGUGAGGCAGGUGGCUCUGGACAAUGAUGCACAUACAUUGGGGAUAGCCUGACUGUAUGAUUAUGGAGCUAUAAAAAAGGCUCCAUGGUACGAUCAAGGACAAACCAUGCACUCCCGCCGUAUGUGCGAACAUAUUUGGUCGUCAACUGAUCGAGAAGCCUUUAUCUCGGAAGGCUGCUCAUGAAUGCGUCGCGAAAGCCACAUUAGACUGGGCUUGGUUCCGUAGUAAAAUGGUAGGUGGCACUGACAU